GACAACGCCUCCGUCACACAUGGACGUGUGAGCGGAGGCUUUCGUGGUUCCUUGAUUUGUAGCAAAAUAAGAAAUAUAUGAAGCUCGAAGUUAGAUGAUAAUUUAACUUAGUGAAAUUGAUUGUAUAGGGUAAAGGAUAAUGGCUCAACAGUUACUUUUACACAGCCCUGUUGGAGUAGAGCCGGCUAUUUACUAUUGGCCUUUGUCAUCUUCAGACAAGAAUGAUGGGGCUGUUGAGAUUGUGGAAACUAUUAGGUGGGUUUGUGAGGAUUUCCCAGAACUGAAGUCAGUUAUAAAAAACCAUGUACUGAAUAAUUGUGAUACAAGGAGCUAUAAAGGCAUGAAAAACCUUUGUGAUUUGUACAAUCAUGCUAUUGAUGGUGUGUUACACAUGAAUAAAGGCACUUCCACUCCUGUUACUGCCUACAGUCAACCAACAAAUGGAUUGUUGAGACACAUCAUUCAGCAGGUGUAUAACCACUCAGUCACUGAUCCUGAGAGGUUAAACCAGUAUGAACCUUUCUCCCCUGAGGUGUAUGGAGAAACAUCAUAUGAAUUUGUGGCUCAAAUGAUCCAAGAGAUUGCCUUAAGUAAAGAUGAUGUGUUUAUUGACCUUGGAAGUGGUGUUGGUCAAGUGGUUCUUCAGUUGGCUGCUAUGUCACCAUGUAAGAUGUGUAUUGGAAUUGAAAAGGCUGAUGUUCCCACACAUUAUGCUAAGGCAAUGGACAGGCACUUCAGGUUCUGGAUGAAAUGGUAUGGAAAAACAUAUGGCGAAUACAAGCUUAUCAAAGGGGAUUUUCUCACAGAUGAGCAUAGAGAUGCAAUUGUCAAUGCUUCGUUGGUGUUUGUGAACAACUUUGCUUUUGGGCCUACAGUAGAUCACAUGUUGAAAGAAAGGUUUGCUGACUUGAGAGAUGGUGCUAGGAUUGUGUCAUCAAAAGCAUUUUGUCAUCUCAAUUUUCGUAUUACAGACAGAACUAUGAGUGAUAUUGGAACCAUCAUGCAUGUGAAAGAAAUUACCCCCAUAAAAGGUUCAGUGUCAUGGACUGGGAAACCCGUGUCAUACUUUUUACACACAAUAGAUCGGACUAAGCUAGAACACUAUUUCCAGAGAUUGAAGAAUCCAAAACUCAGGGAUGAGGAAGUGGGAAACUCUCGUGCCAGGAAAUGUAAAAUCACUGCCCCUAACCACUUCCUGAUGGACUCUUCAUCUAAUGAUUCUAAAGAUCUAAACAAGGAUGAUACAGUCAUUUUUGGACCAACCACAAGAAAAGCCUGGUCAGCAUGGUGUAACAGCCAGAACAAGUCAAUAAUUAUCAAUACCAGUGGACAAGAGAGCAAUGAAGAAAAUGAACCACUUAAAAGACCUGUAGAAAGACCUUUAGACAAGCAAAAGCAACAGAGGCUAGUGAAGAUAAAAGAAAUAAAGAAAAAGCCUGGGCGACCUAAGAAAGGCACAAUUAAGACCAAACCUCACAAAACUCUAAAUUUCAGUGGACUAGAUCUUCUUCACACACAAACUGUUCUGAGUACUUCAAGUAAAGGUGAACGGUCUGAACCUGCUCCUGGUUGUAUUGACCAGAAGUUAGAUAAUGUGGUUAUGAAUUCAGCUAACUCCACCAUUUCUUUUUCUUCUUUGGAAAACCCUUCUACUCUGCAAGAACUACUUGACAAUUACAAGAGUCAGUUUUUGUACUUCUUGCAAAAAAUGAAAACCUCUCAGUACAAAGAAGAUCUGAAAAAUAAAAUUGAGAAAGAAAAGCUACGAAAAACUAAUUUGAGCUCAAGAGCAUCCAAACUAGAAAAGCAAAUUGAAGCACUUAGUCAAGAUAGCAUUACUCUUUUGAAGAAUUGUUUGCUAGACGUGGGAAUUCGAGCAGACUCUUCUUCAGAUAUGCUCAAGAAGACCAAAGAAAUUGUUGUGAAGCAUAAGGAACUACAAACCAAAAGCUUAGCAUUGCAGUGUCAAAUUAGCUCACUGCAGUCAAAAUCAGAUUUACCAUUAAUAUCUCAAGGUAAUGAAAAGAUGAACCUACCUGUUGAGACAAAUGGUUUAAAGAAGAAUCCUAAAAAUCUUCCUGUGAUACAAGACCACAUCCUGAAAGAAAUCUCAUCCACCCUAACCCAACGUAAAGCUCUCCACAGCAAGGUACAGGAGUUGGAGGAUGAAGUUUACUCACUUGAGAAAACAGCAGGUAAAGAACAGAAGCUUCAGUGCCCAGAAGAUAACAUGGAACAACACAUUAACUACACUUUUUCAGAGGAUCUUUUGGUUUCUAGAGCUGUAAAGAACAAGAAAGAGCCUCUAACACUGGAGAAGCAAGAGAGUGAAAACUUAGGUGCUCCAUUUUCAACCUCUUCUGCCAUAUUUACUGGAUGCUCAGUAUUCUGUGAUAGGUAUAUAGAUAAUUUUACAUCCUGUCUACCUUUUGAUGCUUGUCGAGAACAAGAAUUAAAGGAAAAAUUAGCUGUGACCACCUCUAAUCAUUUCUCAUCUAACAUCAGUGAUUGUAAUGUUAGAGAUUUGUCUUGUGACUACCAAAGUGUAACAAAAUCAACCAAUUCUUCCAUAACUUGUACACAUCUUAUUGGUGAUAAUACUUUCCAAGAGGAUCUUUUACCUACCAUUCCUUACUCACCAAUUAGCCCAAGCAGAAGCCCAUCACCCCAAAGUACUAUUCUAGAGAAUAAAUAUGAAUCUGUAUCAUCCUCAACUAAGUCUGAUUCAUUGGCUGGUCAUGAAGAAGUGAGCACUACAAGGUUUACAUCUUGUUUAUCCCCCUCAGAAGUUCAAACCACCCAAAAGUAUGUUGAAAAAGUCACUCUUCCACCCCUGCUCAGUAGAGAUCCUCAUUUACCAUGCAGUUCAAAGUUAGAAAUGUCAAAGGGAUGUAGAACUGGAAAACGGAGUCAUAGUCAACUCUGUGGAUCAAAAUCUCGGAAGCAAUGUUCAAGCAUAAACACGUCCCAGCAAGAUGCGUAUGAGAAGUUUUCAAGCCCAAAAGCUCUGAAUGGCUUAGUGCUGAAUUUAGGGAGUCUUCUGGCUUCCAAGAGUUCUAAAGGCAGUCCCAAGCUUGAAGAGAUAAAGCAUAAAAAACAGAAACGAAAAUACAACUCUUCUUUUAGUGGAUGCGGAACUAGUGUACCAAAAAAGCAUGGCUGUUCACCUCUUAGUCGUGCAUCUGACUCUGGUUUUGAGAGUUUAGGAUCUAUGUCACAAAGUAGUGGACCUCCUAGUGCUUGCAGUAUUUCAGCAACAGAUUCAUCUCCUGUUGAAAGUGGAAUCUGUUUGACUGCAGACAUAUUGGAUAUGAACAGAGUCUCACCAACCAGUGUUCGAAAACAGUUGGAAAAUCUAACAAGAUCUGUAGCCAAAACAAACUUUCUUAAAGAAGAAGAAGGAAAUAUUAAACAAGGAGACCAAACAAAGGGAAAACAAUGGCAAGCCAAAGUCAGUAACGGGUUUGAUAAACUGUUGUCUUUUACAUCAAAUAAUAGAGAUGAUCAGCAGCAAGAGCUUUCAAAAUCAGAUAAAUGUGGACAUUUAUGCAAUGGCUCUAGAAAAAGCACCAGUAAAGGGACCUUGCCUCACCAGGAACCUAAGAAGUGGGUGGUAGACAGCAUCAAACAUGGUGACCACAAGUCCAGCUCUCAAGAUAAUUCUGUUUCCAUCACCAUUAAAGCAGUGAGUCCUUCAAAUUUAGGCCACCGGAUCCGGGAAAAUCACCAAGAGUCUUCUCCUAGUAAAUUAAGACAUAUACCACUGAAAGGCCCAAGGACUCCUCCAGAGACACCUCCUAGCACACCAUCAGCAUCUCCUAAAUGUCUUACAAUACCAACCACACCUGUACCUUCAUACCACUGUCACAGCCCUAUCAGCAGUGUUGACAGUCCCUGUAGUAGAAGAAGUCGGAGUAGGUCAGUGAGCCCACUUUGUUAUGGUGAUGAACGACUACAUUAUUGCCAUUCACAUGACUACCCUCGAUCACGUUCAGGGUCAGCUAGUAGUAUAGAUUCUACCAGUAGCCUUGGUAGUGGGAAAUACUCCAGAUCAGUGAGACCUUGUCAGCAACUAAGAAGUAUGGAAAAAUAUGCUGAAGGGAAUAAAAAUAGAAAGAAUUUAACAGCUUCAUUAAGGAAUGAUAACAAAAUUUGUAGUGUAGAAACUGGAUCAGAGACUCUUAUGUCUCAUCCAGCUUCCUGUACAACCAUGAUGACUUAUCCAGCCUACAUGGGAGGGCUUCCUGUCAUAUCUGUGGGAAAUCUUCACUCUCAGAAUAUUCAUUACACUGGUCAGUUUGUGUUUCAUAAUUCUGCCUCAGUCAACCAGAGCACAGUCAAUGUUGGAGAAACAGUUGAUCCUUCUCCGCCUUCUGUACCACCACUUCAGUCUUCUUCACCACUUCUGUCUACUGUGUCUGAUAUCCCUGCAGGAACUUUUGCUUUGGGACCUGCACAUUCAUCAGCUAUGAUGACCCAAGUUAACUUAGCAAGCUUUCCAUUGACAACAGGUGUUGCUCAGCCUGUGAUUCCUUUAAUGGUAGACUUUUCUGUUUCCCCACCUAAAUGUGACAUGCUUCCCCCUACUUCUUCAACUAAUGUGCUUCUACCACAAGCACUUCCAGAAUUCAAUGUUCCCCCAUCUACUGUAGGUUCAUCUCCUACUACUAGUAAUAUUCAGCUGAACUCCUCGGUGAACUGUACAGUCAAUGGUAAUAUUCCAAGUGGUCAGUCUCCAUCGGUUAUUCCUGAUGAGGUACAGUCCAGACUUCAGCUAAAUAUUCUGUCAUCUCAGUUUGCACUAGAAAACAGUGUGAUGAUUCAGCCUCGACACACACGUACACCUACAGCACUGGUUUCUGGAAAAACUGCCUCACAAGCAUUGAUAUCACUGCCCAUUAAUGAUUACUCCCAGACUCAAGUGUAUUCAUCUGUUUCUUAUCCAACUAUGUCCUUGCUGAUAGGUGCUGAGUCCCAGAAAGACACAAUGUCUGUUUACUCAGCCAACAAAGAGAUAGUCAAGCCAGUGCAGAACUACAGAUCAAUAGCUAAUCAUUCCAGUAUUAAAAGAAGCAGUACCAGUUGUAUCCAACAGCACCAAGGCCAAACCCAGUUUGUCUCCUAAACAUCCAGCAUUAGUUGAGACUGUCUUGGUCAUUCUUGGAAGAUGGCUACACCAUCCUGCUCAUACAAUUCCUGACUCUCUUAAAAACCUGUUACUGGUUGCAGGAUGGAUAAUUUAUCUCUAAUUAGUGUGGUUAACUGAAGGAGAUUGUUGUGAUCCCCAUUUUAGUUCAGAUGGCACCCGUAACUGACAUAGUUUUAGGAAUGAUGAUUUUCAUAACUACUGUAUAGAGAAAGCAUUUAUUAUAAUGAUUUUGUUCUUUUUAGUAUGCCAAGACUAACUUUGACAAGCCAGAGAAUUAAUUGGGUUUCAAAUUUGUAUAUUUCAGCAUAAUUUUGGUUUUGUUAAAGUACAUAUUUUUCUGAGAAAUGUUUCUCAGGUUUCUGAAUUUUCUCUUCAUUUGAGGACUUUUAAGUUAGUGUUUUAGUUGUGGAUUGUUCCAAAGACAAGAAACAUAAAAUUUUUUUCAUUAUGAAAAUGGUCUGUAGAAUUGUAAUAUUUUCUAAGUUUUGAUAAGUAAAAAAAUAUACUCACAAUCACCUAUUCAUGACCAGUUUUAUUCCUAGUCUUAAUUUAUGGAUUUUUUUUUACAUAGGCCAUAGUUCAUAAUGCUACAACUGAAAUAUGCUAGUUUGUAUCUUCUAUUUCUUAUCUAACUUGAAUGAUUAAAAAAGAUCUCUAAAUCACAGCCCGUCCAACUCAUUUUAAUCUUCUGUGAUGUUAUCAUCCAAAGAAGCAUCCAAUCAGCCAUCAGAUGAAUUGUUUAUGCAUAGUUUUUUACCAGUUUAUCCAUUUCUAACUAUAUAGGCUUAAGAGCCAUCAUUUUAGUCUUUCUAAUUCUGCCUUCUGUGUAAAUGUGGACUUAGGUAUUGUUAUUAACACAUUUUGAAACCUUUCUUUUUCUUUAUCUCUAAAUCAAAUCAUUAACAUGUAAGAACAUGCCUGAAAUGUUUACUUGUAUAUUCAUUACUAGUAAUUAGCAUGGCAAACUGUUAAGAAAAGUACAAGAGCAACAAGUAUAAUGACAGUUACUUAGCUAUUUACUCUAGCAUAAACCAUCUAAUUUAAUUUUUAGUAUAUAUCUACUUCAAUGGUUGAUAUAUUUUUAUAUCAAUGGUUUGAAGACAAGCUUUUGGCCAGACCACAUGGUCUUGGGACUGGGAAUUUGAUUGAGAAACUAAAAUGAUCAAGCUAAUUGUAUUUUAUUUUUAAUUAUAAUGAUGAUGAAGUAUACAAGUUCAUUAAAAUUCUUAAUUUAUGUCUUGUAUGUCUAUUAUUUCUCAUAAAUUGUCCCUUGUCUGAACUUAAUUUUGCUGUAAUGUUUAAAUGUAUAAAAACGUAACAUUAAUGUAAAAAGGGCAUUAGUGCAUCAGUUUUGAAAGGGUCAUACAUAAAUAAUAAGAAAUUCAGAUGAGAUGGACAGAGCAAGCCUUACUAUCAGUAUAGCUUAGAUAGAAAAAUUAUCAGUUUUCAAAGAACAGAUUUGACAAAGCAGUUAGUGGUGAAGAAAAGCAGGAAAUUAACUUUGUUAAACUAAGAUAACAGUGGAAAACAAAUUGGUUAAGCUUUUAAGUCUUUCUUGGCAUAUGAUAGAUAAGUGAUUCUGUUUUUAAUAGUAGAUAAUGUACUGAACUAGGAUAAUUAUUGGUUAAGUAGCAAGCCUCAACUGUCUGUGUACUUUUUGUUCCACUAGUAUUUGAACAUAAAUGUUAAAGAGUUUUUACAAAUUAAUACAGAAUUAUUUUUCAAUUACAACCAACCAAGUUUUCAAACUGGCAUGACUACAACUGGAUUAUGAAAGAAAUAGUAUUGUAUGUAAAUUUUUAUGGGCUUCUCCCUCAUCCCUAAGCAGAAUAUAUGUUUUAAAACCAAAGAAACCAACACGAAUGUGAUACAAAGUUAUAACAAUUGUAAGGGAAGUAUCUUUGUAAUUCCUUGUUCUAGGCAUCAUCAGUUUAACACUGCCAGUAGUUUUGUAUCAUGAUGGUGACCAUAAUCUGAUAAUUAAAACAAUCACUGCCAUUUCUAUUCUUGAGGAGAAAAAUGUCAUGUAAAAGGAGAAUUUGGUAUGCAUGUAUUUUGAAUAUGUUUCUCAGUAUGAUUUUAAUGGUUUUUGUACAAAUGAUAAUGUAUUCUCUGGCAAUUGUAUGUUUCCUCACGUUCAGAGUUUUUGCCAAAGGUUGCUGUUUUCUCCCAUUACUUGUAAUAAAUAUCAAUGUUGUUUUUUGUACUUUUUCUUUAAUUUCUCAAAGAAAGUGUGGAAGUGAUUCAGUGUAAUUUAUUAAAGAAAUACAAAAGCAACUUCAGUCUGUCAUGAAGUUUUUUCAGCAUAUGUAACCAUAUAUCUAUAUGAUGUAAAGGUUUUUGCAAUGUAUUUAUGUGCAUAAUGCCUCAGGGUAAAAUUCUUAAGAAACAGUGAAUUAGAUGAAAUUAUUUGAUGAAUUGUAAGUCCUGUGAUUAAACAGUCUAAAAAACAGAAAUGUUCUGAACCAUUGUUGUUUAAACUAUUAUCAAGCUACAGAGAAAACAGAAAACUUUUUUGCUAUGAACAGACAAAUACCUUUGGCCAGUUACAUAGGUAGGAGUUCUGUUACAUCAGUAUCAAAUAAAGCAAAAUUAACAAAUCUCUGUCUUUGAUAGCUCUUGACCUCUUGAUAUAUUUGGUUGAACAUAUAAAGAUGUGAAGCUAGAUCCCGGCAGUGCUAAAACAGUUCUAAACGGAAGUUUGGUGAUUAGCAUAAUUACUUUUUCAGUAACACAUCUAAUUAUUUAAUUUUUUUUUCAAAUAUCUGGAAAAAAUAUUUUUAUACAGAAACAUACAUAAUCACAUAUGAUCCAUAUCACAAUCACCUAGCGCCACUAAAUAAGUAAAUAAAUUGUAUUUUUUCUAUGUAAAGAAUUGAUAAUGGACAAUUGCUGCAGUGUGGUCUAAUAUGUGAUUUUAUGCUCAUCCAACUCAACUCUUGAGUGCAUCAUUUGAGUUAAUCCACAUAGGUUAUUUUGUUUUAACUUACCUGUAUAUACUAGGAACUCAACUCUUGAGUGCAUCAUUUGAGUUAAUCCCCACUGAUUAUUUUGUUUUAACUUAUCCGUAUAUACUAUGAAGAACAAAAUUCUGCCUGUACUUUUUUCUUGAAAUUAAUAGGAGUGUAGAUGUGUUAAGGUUCAGUAACUUUCGUUAUAGGGACAUAAUAACUGCCUCUGUGACAUAGUUUUUUCUUUGAGAUUUAUAUUUAUUUUUUCCAUCUGGGAAGCAGGUACCUUGUUUUGAACGUACAUAGUCUCUUAUGUAUUAUUUAGACUAAGUAACUGCAAAAAAUUAUUUCCUCUACCCAUUUAAUUCUUUAUAAAAUGUAUUCAAACUAUUUUCACACUUAAAUGUUUAGAAAGUUUGAGAGUGGUGGCAUAUUUUGUAACAAAAUAUUAUGUUUACUACUCUACAGCUGUGCCUUUCAAGUUUUAGAAACUUCCACCAAAACCUUCAUCAGUGUCUCAGUAAUAACGAUACUAGUUAAAAAUGAAAGAAAACUUGAAAGUUUUUGUUGUUUUGUUUUUACAACCACAGUGUUCUUAUAGGUUGAUUUUUUUAUAACAUCUACUUGUGAAAGAAUGUAAUUCAGUAUAUUUAUCGCUGUAGCCUUGGUGAAAAAUAAUACUUUCAUUCAGUAAGUGAUUAACAACAUCACAUAUCAUCAAUAUGACGUAUAUUUAUCAUCUGGUGAUCUCAACGUUUUAAAUAUGUUUUUGAGUAAAAGUUGAACAUAGCUGCCUACUAUAUCUUGAAUUUUAAAUAUAUGUGGCAUUACUUUAUUGUACUAUCUAAUGAGGAGCAUUGUGUAUGUAUAUUGUGUAGUUUUAAU